UUCCACUUCAAUAAUUUAAAUAUAUUGUAACUAUUUUAUAUUCAUGAAACACUUGUGAGUAACUUUUGUUAGUAAUAUAUAGUAUUCUCUUGGCUUCAACCCGACUAAAUAAAAGAAGAAAAAAGUCAAUAAAAAACACAUAACCCAAUACAAUUUGUACCAUCAAAAUAUCAUUUUUAAUGUUACAUAUGUUUGUGUCAGUAACUCAAUGUAUCUAGUGGCUGAAGAGAAAACUAAAGAUCCGUGACCCACUUUUUCAGGAGGGAUCAAAAUCAAAAGAAAAAACCACAUUUGAAGCAUAUAACUAUCUUUCUCUGUGGAGAAAAAAGCAUAGAUUUUUUCUACUAUAGUGUGAUGGACAUUGUUGUGGCCAUUGCAGUGUUAUCACAAUUUCCAUUCUACUAUUAUGUCUGGAAUUGGCCUCAGUCAUGGGUAGACCUAUGCGGUAAAGAAAGAGACCCUUCAAAGAUUAUGGCUUACAUUGGUCAUUUCUUGAAGCUACUUCAGAUCAUUUCACUCAUCUCUGUCUCUUCUUUUCAUUGGCCUCCUUUUUACUUCUGGCCUCUUUUUGCAUUUGGACAGUUCCUUAACUUCAGGGUUUAUCAGCUGCUUGGUGAAGCCGGCACGUACUACGGUGUACGCUUUGGAAAAACUAUUCCGUGGGUAACCGAAUUCCCUUUUGGAGUCAUCAGUGAUCCUCAAUAUAUUGGCAGCAUCAUGAGUAUUGUUGUAUGCCUUACAUGGGUUCCUUACCAGUACAUUCUCCUGUGGAUUUUAGGAUAUGUGUUUAUGAUCCGCGUUGAAUCGAAGGAAGAUCCAUCGACUCGUGCUAAGCCACUCAACUGAUUUAUUUUCAUUGGAUUAGAUAUAACCUGAAGGAUUUAGUAGCAUCUGAGGUGCAGAAUUCUUUGUAUGAUUCUGUUUCCUUCCUCUGCACUGGAAUAACAUCUCUAUUAUUAUGUUCUGAUUCCGCAAAACUUUUUCAAAUGAACUGCAAACCGUAACUUAUUUGGUUUCUGUCUCUUAACAAGGAUUUGAAUUCUCUACUGACGACUCUGUAGUCUUUCUAGCUAGAGGUCGGACGUUGGAUUAGUGAUUAUUCCAAUGACUACGAGUUCAUCAAGGCUGCUCUUGCUCGACAUAUGCAUGUCAAGCUAGUCAAAGUGUAAACUGAUUUAGAUGAUAACUUCAAUAAGUGCAAUCGUGUACCUGUGACAAGGAUUCACAUUUUUUUUUAUUGUUUGGAUAAAAGGAUUCACCGUUCUUUUUCUGUCAUAAGAUUUAUGUUUAUGCUUGUCAGAAAUUUCUCGACUUUUAUAUUUAGAGCGGUCUGACCUUUCUUUUCGUGUACAUGCUUCUUUAUCAAUAGCACGAAGAAAACCAUGAAUUUGUCGAUAUACAUUUUGUCUUUUACUAUAUAAGUGUUAACAACUGUUAGCACAAUCACUUGACUUGAAAUCCAGAACCCUAGCCUUUUUCCCUCUUUAAGGCUAUGCAAAAGCUAGAGACAAAUUGAAAGCUUGAAUUGCAUUUUUUACAGCCUCAACAUCUAUAUCAAUCAACUUCCCUGUCUCUGAUGAUAUUACAAUGCAUUUCUUCUCUUCAGCCUGCGGAACAAACUUGUUUCCUUUCUCUUUAGAGCAAAAUAGCGCAACACU